AUGCUACUUGAGAUCACUUCCGCGACAGGCUGCCCCUAAUAGGCGGCAACAACUGCACAUAUGGACCGAAAUGGCGACAACAACGCUCUGAAGGCAGUUGAAUGCGAGAUUAAUGAGAAUAAAAUCGCCAUAGGCAAAGUAGAGUGCAAGAUCAUCGACAUCGAGGUUGCCAUUGAGACGCUCGAGGCUGAGCUCAGCGACCUUGACGCUCAGAUCAAGAGCCGGUCUGCGCGGCCUUCGCGGCAGCUGCGCAAGGAGAAGGAGCGAAAGCUUACGUGGAGGGAGCAGCUGACCGCUAAUGAGCUGGAGCUGCGCGCGAAGGAACGGCAGCUGCGCAAGGAGAAGGAGCAGCUGCGCGAGAAGGAGCGACAGCUGCGCGGGGAGGGGCCUGAGCGCUACCUGCAACGCGCACUCUUGAUGACUACUCCGUCCCGGACUUCGCUGAAGCGGGAGCAGUUGGAUCCCUCCGGGGGGGCGCUGAUCAAGAACUGGCGCCCAGACCCGGAGACCGCGGGUGGGCUGCUGCCGGAGCUGAUUCACCCCGUGUUUGCCAAGGCCGUGCAGUCUUUGUCGGAAGGCACAACAGUCGACCGGGCCACCAUUGAAGUUGCCAGCAACUUGUGCUGCAUAGGCGCGGCUUUCUACGAUAACGAGGCUGGUCUGACGAGUGCUAUUGGAGCCCUGCUGAGCCCGUACCUGGAGUAUGGCAAGGUGGUGACGAUCGGCUCGGGCUUCGCUGCCAACAAUGUCAGCCCCAACUGGGCUCUGGGCGACUCGUCCAAGGACCCCUCCAAUCUGUUCCUGAUUGUUGAGGCUAAGCCGGGCAUUGGUGGCUCUGGGGACCCGCACUUCCAGGGCGCCAACUACCUGCUGCACUUCUGGAGGCAGCGUGCGGAGUCGGACACCUUUCGCAACACCUGCUGCCCCGCCUUCCUGCUGGAGGUGGUCGGGCCGCACGUGCGGCUGUCCGCGGUGGCCUGGCUGGACCGUGUGACGAUUUUCCCACUCACGCCACUGCUCAACCUGCUGCCCGCGCACCCUGUCACCGACCGCCUGCUCAUGCCGCUGGCUCCGCGCAACCCCACCUACUACGUGCGCCUGGCUGUCAGCAGUGGCGUCGGGAGUAGUGGAGGCAGCGGCGGUGGCGUGGUGGAGGUGGCGGUCAAGCUGUGCCGCAAGUACGGGCUGGAGGCUCACCAGGCGUGGGCGGACCUGGGCCUCGCGCCACGGAUCCUACGUGUGGAGCCGCUGCCGGGUGGCUGGCAGCUAGUGGAGAUGGAGUGGUUGCCGGGGCCUGAGUGGCGGCAGCUCUCCGACCUGCUGGGCGCAGAGCUUGACCAGGCGCUGGCUGCAGUGCGGGCGGCGCUGGAGUCCGCACACGGCGCAACGGGCAUGGUGCACGGGGACGUGCGGCCGCCCAACUGCCUGGUGCGGUGCGACGCCGGGUCCGGGUGGCACGUGCGCUUCGUGGACUUCGAGUGGGCGGGGCGCGAAGGCGAAUCCACCUACCCCUGCUUCCUGAACCCUGACGUCCCGUGGCCCGAGGGUGUGGGCUACAAGAACCUGCUGCAGCGCGCGCAUGACUUCCAGCUGCUGGCCGCAUCCACCGCCAGCCACGGCGUCGGAAAACCUGGCGUAGCGAGGUCACUAUCCACUGCAGCCCGUGAGCGCUGCGCCACGGCGCUGCACAGGGCGGCGAGCGGUGGGCUGUAUCGCAGGGGCGUGGGGGCAGGCUGGCGGCAGAGCGCCGCCAAGUUCCGGUACUGUUAAAUAUUCGCUCUCACCAUAGGCUGCAUUGACCACAGCUUGCGAUUGUUCGCUUCAGGUGUCUGAAAUCUGACGUAUAUGUAUAAUGAAUGUAUGUCUGUCUUUGUAGAUUGCAGGCCCCUGGUUGACGCUCCUGGGGGUGUGUGUGGAAAGACUAGGUGUGUGUGUGUGGAAAGAAUGGAAACCGCCAGCUGCGCACACAGAGUGUGGCCCAGGUCUGUAGGGCCUUCGGGGCAGGGGCAGGCGGUAUUGCGUGUGAUGUAGCUUAUCGUACAUAACUGGCGACAGCAUGCAAGGGCAAGGCGUCAUCAGCGGCAGAUUACAAGGCAGUUCGUUUGGUAGAUUGCAGGACAUUGUGUACGAGCCACGCCAUUGCGCCUAUUGGUGCCCGGGGAUGCGUCGCGCGUGUUGAACAAACCACUUACUCCUGCGUGCAAGCCGUUCAAGCGUUGGCUCGGGGCUAUGUCCCAUCUGCUGCCCGUCACGCUGGUGGCGCCGCCGCUGUUGGAGUCAUGGGCGUAUUAUUGUUGUAGCGUUACGAGGUGUGCGAUGGCACAGUGUUAAGGCAGGUUGGUGAAGUCCCGCAGGGUGCAGCUGAUUCCCAGACCCCAGAAGAUGGCAAACAAUUUGCAACGGCAGGGCAGGAGUGCGCGGCUGGUCAAACACCGGAGUUACUGUACCGACAAGUUGCUGGCUGGCUGGAAGUUUGCUGACGCGCAUUCCUCGCGCUCCGGGCGCUCGGCCAGGCGAUAGCACCACACAGACACACCGCAACGCCACACUCGCGAGGCAGAGCCGCAUCGCAGCUGCAGGAAGGUGACUGCAUGCUGCUUGAUGACGGUGGUGUCAAGUGCUGGGGAGGCAAUGGUUACGGGCAGCUUGGGCUGGGUGACAUGGGCGCUCUUGGGGAUGGUGAAGGCGAGAUGGGCGAUGUGUUGCCGUUGUGGACCUGGGUCCUGGCGUGCGGGCGGCAGCGGUGGUGGCUGGGGGUUCCCACACGUGUGCGCUGCUUGUUUUAACUGCAGCGCUGUCAAGUGGAGAUACCAACAGCCAGGUGACGGGCCUGGCGAGAUCUCGAGAUGGGUGCUGCCCUGACGGAUGUAAGUCUAGGCCCUAGCAGUGGUAGCGGUACACGCGCAGCGGCUUGGUCGUGUUUUGAGUCGGGGAGUGGAGCGGAGGUGGCAAGUGAGGCAUGCGACAGAGGCGAGGCGGGCGCUAUAGCCCUUGAAUGGUCACCAGUAAAGAAACGCGCAUGUCACACACGGGAGGAUUUCCCUUCGCUCCCCCUUGCUUACUUGGGCAAACCUCACGCAGCCCCGCUCACAGUCUUGGGUUGAUCUUGGGUGAAUUGAUAAGUUCUUGACU